CCAUACAUGCGCGUAAAAGUGAAGUACGGUGUCCAGUGCUCGCAGCUUCACAGAUUAACAACACAUUUGAUUGGUUUAAAAUCCGCAUGCCCACCACUCUAAAAAACUAACAGGGGUCAUUGUGAUUUGUGGAGUUGUUGAAGCGCGCUAUACAUCUGAGCGCCUCACGGGACAAUCCUCUAGAUUAGCGGUUGACGCAGAGGAUGGAUUUCGUAGAUAGCAACCUGAUACUGUACGGUACUGGUCGGUAUACAGGGACGUCGGUAUACAGGGACGGGAUGAUCUAGAAUGGACGAAUGAAAUGCUUUAAAUGUAACCUAUUUCGAUACUCUUCCUAUUAUCAAAUUAGUCCGUCGUUAUAAGGAUAGAAUGUGUGUAGUCCUAAUCUUUAAAUAGGCUAGAUGAGCUAUGACCGGAGAGCUAAAUAUGGACCAUUCCUGUUUCGAUACCGAAAUGAAGAGACCCAACGGAAUGGUGGCAGAUUUGGUGAUUUACAACACGAUCUUGUGGGACGUUUGUGAUGGAGCCGUUUAACUUUCUCACUUAAACAAGCAGAUGUAAGAAUGCGUGUAACGGUACUUUAAUGGUUGGAAGUAACAUCUAAACCUUUUGGCUAAAAUGAAUGUAUUGUCGAGUUCUGCUUGCUCACUAACAUCAGAUAAUAAUCUCAGGUAUACAAGCGUAGACUACAUUUAGCUGGCAUGCCAAGUGUGUGAAUAGUAGGAACUUUAAAAUAUCUAUCCCGCCAUUGUGCCCUUGGGUAGGGCACUUUAACCUAUAACCUGCUCCAGGGCCGCUGUUCUGCCACUGACCGACCGGUGCCUCUCUCAACGUGUGUGUUUCUUCACCUAGGAGGGUUUGGAAAGGCAGAAGACAACUUUACUUUUGAAGUUUCACCCAACAAUGGACUGCACGAUUAUAUUCUACUCUGUUCUGUUGUCGUAGAACACCGCAGUUCAAAAUGAACGUGUUGAAAAUUAGGAAAGUCGUAUUAAAAGAAGCGGUUAAACGCUUUCCAUGGCUUGCCAACGUUACUCUGUAUGGCUGCCUGUUUGCCGGCGGCGACUUUGUUCAUCAAAUGAUCGCACAAAGAGAAGAGAUGGACUGGAAACACACCAGAAAUGUUGCCAUAGUGGCCAUCAGCUUCCAUGGAAACUUUAAUUAUUUCUGGUUACGGGCUUUGGAAAGCCGUUUCCCGGGAAAAUCUCCCGGAAUGCUCUUCCGCAAACUGCUCCUGGACCAAAGUUUUGCAUCACCCUUGGCAACGAGUGUCUUCUACACAGGAGUGAGUUUCUUGGAGAAUAAAGACGACGUCUUCGAGGACUGGAGAGAAAAGUUCCUCAACACGUACAAGACUGGACUCAUGUACUGGCCUUUCAUGCAGUUCCUAAACUUCAUCCUGAUGCCUCUGUACCUGAGGACAGUCUUCAUGGGCUGCUGUGCGUUCCUGUGGGCCACCUUCCUGUGUUUCUCCCGGCAGAGUGGGGACGGUACGGCCAGCGUGGCCCUCGCCUUCGUCCUGUAUCCCAAACAGAGGCUGCAGGCCGCCCGGGAGGCCCACCUCGCCCGCCAGAAACAGAAAGAAGAGGAGGAACAGCAGCAGAGCACUGGCAACUAAAUGAAUUGAUUCAAUGAGAUUCGAUUCAAUUCAGGGAACAGGAAA